AUGGCAAAGGAUUAUGAUAGACUUUCUUGGAGGUUCCUUGUUCAAGUUCUCAGAAAGAUGGGAUUUGCAGAAGAGUAUGUAGACAUGGUAUGGAGAUUGAUUGCUAAUAACUGGUAUUCCAUUCUCAUUAAUCGACAAUCUUUUGGUUUUUUCCAUUCUACAAGAGGGGUCAAACAGGGAGAUCCUCUAUCUCCUGCUCUUUUUAUUCUAGUUGUUGAGGUACUGUCUAUGGCUCUUAAUUCAUUAUUUGAAAAGGACAGUUUUAGAGGAUAUGGUAUGCCAAAGUGGAGUGCAAAGUUGAAUAAUCUAUCUUAUGCAGAUAAUACUAUCAUAUUUGCAUCUGCAGAUAAAGCAUCCUUGGAGAUGAUUAUGUCCAUUUUGCAUGAUUAUGAGAGAGAAUCUGGACAAAAAAUUAAUGCUGACAAGAGCUUUUUUAUCUGCAUAAGAAGAAGGCAAAAGUUGUUCUAUAAAGAUAUGAUGAAGAAAGUGAAGGACAGGUUGCAGGCUUGGAGAGUGCCCCCAAAAUGUGUCAUUAAUGAUCUGCACAAGUUAUUUAAUAGAUUCUUUUGGCAAACUAAGGAAGAAGGAAGAAGUAAGCACUGGUCAGCAUGGGAAAAUGUAUAUUAUCCUAAGAAUGAGGGAGGAUUAGGCUUCGGAUCUUUACAUGAUAUAUCCAAAGCAUUGUUUGCAAAAUUUUGGUGGAGAUUCAAGACAAGUAGUACACUGUGGUCCAAUUUCAUGUGGAACAAAUAUUGUACAAUGUUUAGGCCAACUGUGGUUCAGUGGAAAGGGGGAUCUCAGACUUGGAAGAUGAUGCUGCAAGCUAGAGAUGAAAUGGAACAUGGUGUUUUGCAUGAUCUGAUACCUAUUCGUUAUCAGAAUGAAGUUUUAGGAGAUGAGCUUGAAGAGCUGAUGAGUAAAAAUCAGUGGAACUAUGCAAAGCUACAAGAGGUGUUACCAGCAGAUAUUGUUGAUUAUGUUAGAAUGGAACUGGGACAUUUUGUGAGAAAAAAUAAGAUAGAUAAGCCAUGGUGGAUGUUCACAAGCUCUGCAAGUGUCUUGGGCCCUUUCCUACUGACUAAGCACACAGUCUUGUGCUGGUGGAACUCUCAAACUGCUAUGAAGCCUUUAUAUCAACCAAUUCCAGCUUUGGUUUUAUGGCAAAUUUGGAAAAGCAGGAAUACUAGAAGGCAUGGAGGGGUUGUUUCUCAGAACAAGGUGAAGUGGACUUUUUCAGAUACAGGAUGCUUUAAAUGCAACACUGAUGGUGCUUCUAAAGGGAAUCCAGGACCAAGUUCAGCAGCCUUUUGUAUUAGAGAUAGUUCAGAAGAGUUUAUAUAUGCUAAGGUAAGGAUAUUAACUGAGACUACUAAUCUAGUUGCUGAAGCUGUGGCCAUUGAAGAGGGAAUCAAGUACUGUGUUCUACAUGAGUUAUUGCAUGUUAUAGUGGAAACAGAUUCCCUUACAAUGCAAAAGGUACUGGAUGUUAUUUGGGAGGUGCCAUGGAACAUUGCUUUGCCAGUGAGGAGUACAAUUCAAUACAAUCAGUUUCAAGAUAUUCCAACUCAUGGAAGAAGAUUGAUCAACAUGGAUAAAAGCCAACUUCCAAACUUCAAAGUUAGGUCAACAACAAAACAGGCUUCCUACGACAAUCAGGACAACAACAACAGCUCUGAACAUCAAUGA